AUGGCUCCUCAAUCGACGAAGCGGAGUUCCGCCAAAGACGAUGAUUUCGUGUUCACGCUCUCCGACGACGAGAUCGAAACCCGUUUCGAGGAAGAGGAUGACGACAACGAGAUGCAGGAUGAUAAUGCGCCAGCAACAGACAACAAAAAGCGCAAGCGCGAGGUCGAAGGCGUCAAGCCCAAGAACAAGAAACAGAAGCAGCAAGAAAAGCAGCAAUUGAAAAACGCCAAGAAGAACAAAAAGAACGCCGAGCCCGCACCCGAACCCGAAUCGGAAGAGGAGGAGGACGACGAUGCUGCUGCAGCGGAUGCCACAGAAGACGACGGCGUCUUGGACCCCGAGUUCGAGUUCGAUGUCGGCGGUGUCGCGAACCAAGGUGUCACUGAAGGCUUCGAUGGCUGGGGUAUUGAUGACAACGAGAAGAAGCGCUCUGGCGACAAGAAGGCCGUUGAUAUUGACGAUAUCAUCGAGCGGAGGCAGGCCAAGAAAGAUGAGGCUGCUGCUCGGAAGCAAAAGAAGAACCCCGUCCAGAAGGAAGAGAGCGUCAGCGCAUCCGAAGACGAGGCUGCAUCAGGCGACGAAAUGCCUGUUGACUUCGAGGACGAUGAGCUCAUGGCUGAGGAUGCCUUCGGCAUGGGCGCAGAUGGCGAGGAGGAGAGUGAUGCCGAGGGCCCCGAGCCUGGCUCUGGGGGUGAAAGCGAGGACGAUGAGGAUAAGGAUGAGGAUUCCGAUGACGAUGCUGCAUCCGACAACGACUCUGUCGCCACACCCGUUGGUCACCCCGAUGACAGGGACUCAGAUGUGGAGUCUGAUGUAGAGAGCGAGGUGGACGAGGAGGAAGCAGAGAAGCGCAAAGCAUUCUUUGCCCCCGAAGAAAAGGUUGACACCAAGGCCAGCAUGGCCAAGAUGACUUUCCAAGAAUUCAAUCUUUCCCGUCCCAUCCUUCGUGGUCUCGCCGCAGUUGGAUUCACAGACCCCACUCCUAUCCAGCGCAAGGCGAUUCCCGUUGCUCUGCUGGGCAAGGAUAUCGUCGGUAGUGCCGUGACUGGUUCCGGAAAGACCGCUGCCUUCAUUGUUCCUAUCCUCGAGCGUCUUCUCUUCCGUCCCCGCAAGGUCCCUACAAGUCGUGUUGUGGUUCUGAUGCCCACUCGUGAGUUGGCUGUUCAGUGUUACAACGUCUCCGUCAAACUGGCCACAUACACAGACGUCACAUUCUGUCAAUUGGUUGGUGGUUUCAGUCUUCGCGAGCAGGAGAACGUGCUCAAGAAGCGCCCCGAUGUCAUUAUUGCUACCCCCGGUCGUUUCAUUGAUCACAUGCGCAACUCGCCCAGUUUCACAGUCGAUACCCUUGAGAUUCUGGUUCUUGAUGAGGCCGAUCGUAUGCUUGAGGACGGUUUCGCCGAUGAGUUGAACGAGAUUCUCACCACGAUUCCCAAAUCUCGCCAGACUAUGCUGUUCUCUGCGACCAUGACAGACUCAAUCGACAAGCUCAUUCGUGUUGGUAUGAACCGCCCAAUGCGCUUGAUGGUCGAUGCCAAGAAGAACACUGUAUCCACCCUUGUCCAAGAGUUCGUGCGUCUCCGCCCUGGGCGGGAGGACAAGCGUCUCGGUUACCUCCUGUACCUGUGUAAAGAAGCAUACAACAAGCGUGUCAUCAUCUUCUUCCGACAGAAGAAGGAAGCUCACCGCGUUCGUAUCAUUUUCGGCCUAUUGGGCUUAAAGGCAGCAGAGCUACACGGUAGUCUGAGCCAAGAACAGCGUAUCAAAUCCGUCGAAAACUUCCGUGAUGGCAAGGUCGCCUUCCUUCUCGCCACCGACGUUGCAUCUCGUGGUCUGGAUAUCAAGGGUGUUGAGACCGUCAUUAACUACGAGGCACCCCAGAGCCACGAGAUCUACCUGCAUCGUGUUGGACGUACAGCCCGUGCUGGCCGCUCCGGUCGUGCAUGCACAAUUGCCGCCGAGCCCGACCGCAAGGUUGUCAAGCUUGCCGUCCGCGCCGGCAAGGCCCAAGGCGCCAAGAUCGUCAGUCGUGUGAUCGAGCAAUCUGUUGCAGACAGCUGGGCGCAAAAGGCCGAGGAAUUGGCCGACGAGGUUGCUGAGAUCUUGCAAGAGGAGAAGACCGAGAAGCAAUUCUCUCAAGCCGAGAUGCAAUUCACCAAGGGUGAGAACCUCAUGAAGCACGGAAACGAGAUCAUGUCGCGGCCGAAGCGGACGUGGUUCGAGACCGAGAAGGAAAAGAAGGUUGCUCGCAAGCUGGGUAACGUCGAGUUGAACGGUCCCAAUACCAAGAAGAGCAAUGUCAAGCUCAGCAACAAGGACAAGAAGCGUCUCGAUGAUGCGCAGAUGAGACACGAUGGUAAUAUCGGGUGGAAGAAGGGCAAGGGUGAUGCGGAAUCUGCUAAGAACCCCAAGAAGGCUAAUGGCAAGGGCAAGUCGGUCUCCCCCGGAAGAGCGCCUUCUCAUGCGAGGCCUGUCGCAAACGCAAGGUUAAAUGUAACGGAGGUAGUCCGUCAUGUUCGCGAUGCGCCGCGCGCAGCGAGCAGUCUAGAGGCUAGAGUUGCGCAGUUGGAGGAAGCUUUGUUGAAGCGUGGGGAGGGGGAAGAGGCGCGGAAGACGAGAUCGCCCUCAUCGGCUGAGUCUAGUUCGAGCGGAACGAAGAUAAAGGUCGAUCCCGGUGCUGAAGAUCUCAGUCAAGCAUUCGAUGGUCUUAAUGUGGAAAAUGACGGUCGCGUGUCAUUUCAUGGGCCGACUAGUUUGUUCCAGCUGCCUAGUGGGGUAGUGAGUGAAGCCGCAUCGACGGCACAUUACGCGCAGGAAUUGGAGGGUCGCAAAGAGCGGCUUGUUAAUAGCGCAUGGCGGGAAAGGGCUUUUGAGCAAAUGGCUUCUAUGCCGGAGCCCUUCCAGUAUCUUCUCGACUCGCAUUGGUGCUGGAUCCAGCCGCUGUGGAAUUUCGUCUACCGUCCUGCAUUUACACGUGAUAUGAAAAUUAAUGGUACUUAUUACUCCGACGUCUUAUUAAAUGCCAUUCUUUCACACUCAGUGCGCUGGUGCAAAUCAGAGCCUCAGAUUGGCCCACUUCUGGACUCUUAUGACGGCGGUGCACAAUUCUCCCAUCGCGCAUUGACUGGGGUAUUCGACUCUCUCAAAGUUGGCUAUGCAGGCAUCCCUACUAUUCAGACAUUACUCCUUCUCAGUGCCCAGGAAUGCGGCCGUGGAAAUCGGACGCAGGCUUGGCUAUACAGUGGUAUGGCCUUCCGACUGUUGGACGACUUGGGGAUAUCCAUCGACAGCCGGAAAUAUUCAGGAUCCGCUCAACUGAGUGAUGAGGAUAUUGAAAUACGGAACCGUCUAUUCUGGAGUUGUUAUUUCUGGGAUAAGGUGGUUUCAUUGUACUUUGGCCGGGCGCCCACGAUGCAGCACUCUCGCGUUAGCCCACCACGCAUGAUUCUCGAUGACACCGCUGAGAUCGAAAUAUGGACACCUCAUGGGGUGAGCUUCACCGACGGUGCUCAUUAUCCGCCGACGCAGGCGCAUUCAACGUCAUGUUUCAUGAAGAUGUGCGGCCUGGCGGAAGUCUUGAACCAGAUUCUGAUCCAUAUAUACGACCCAAUCCGCCGAAGCACGGACUCGGAGUUCUUUGAUUGUGUUCAGGAGCAGGCUAAGAAUCUGAGUGACUGGUGGGAUGAGCUACCGGACUACUUGAAAUUGACGGCGGUAGACCUUCCUCCAUACUCACCACCAAGCCAUAUCGUCAUUUUGAACUGUUUAUACCAUACUAUCAACAUCCUUCUCCACCGACCAAUUCUUUGUUCUCGAGAGCUGCUCAAAGCGCGCCCCGAGGCACACGACUCGACCCAUCUUGUACAAUGCAUGGCAUCAGCAACAUCAAUCCUAUCCCUCUUCGAUCUAUACCGCCGAACAUUCGGCGACAGCCACGUCGUCCUCUCUCUAGCAUACAGCAUCUACACAGCCGCAUCGAUUUUCCUACUGGAGAUCCAAGCCCUGAAAUACGCCGCACCGGGAACACUAGACAAACUCAAGUUCUGCAUUUUUGCCCUUGAGAGAGUCAAAGCCGCCAAUCCUGUUAUUACAACAGCACUCAGUCUCAUCUCCCAAGAGCUCCAAAAACUCCAAAUCAACAUCCACGGACCAAUGCCCGCACCCAUUCCCGAGACUGAACAGGAACACCACCCUCAACAUCACCACUCCCCACCCCAACCCCAUCCUCAUCCCCACCACUCCCACCACAGCCAAUCCCCAUCAAUAGGCAGCAACCCAUCCCGCCACGUCUCACCAGGUCAGCAUCACCACCAACCACAAGCAUCGAUAGCCACGCAAGUCCAAACCACCGGCCCUGAACACCCGCCCCUCAUGGGACCAUACAAUACCUUCCAGCACCCAGCAGGUUUCAACAUUCCGCAUACCGGUGAAAUGCCUCAAAUGCCGCCUACACAUUUGUUAGGUGGGAUGCCAAACGCCGUCAUGACGAUGGAUGACCCCGGUUCCUACGAAAUCACGCCGGAGGUUUAUGAGGCAUUCUCGUAUGCGCAGCCGAUUACGACGAAUAUGACGCCUGGCUUCGAGCAGGGCUGGGGUGGACCUUCUCAAUGA